AUGAAUGGCUCCAAAGCCACAUUGCUCACAGACUUUGAGAUUGUGGGAUUUCCCGGCCUUCAGGACUACAAGCCGGCUCUCUUUGCUGGAUUUCUCACCCUCUUUUUAGUAACACUCAUAGCAAAUCUCCUCAUUCUCAUUUUGGUGGCACUGGACCAAAGGCUUCAUGUGCCCAUGUACUUUUUCCUCUGGAAUUUGUCAUUGUUAGACAUUUUAAUGUCAAUUGCAAUAAUCCCUAAACUGUUAGCAGUUCUUUUGGGAUACAGUGGUACAAUUUCUUUGUCUGCAUGUUUUGGUCAAAUGUAUUUCAUCAUAUCUAUUGGGGCAACGGAGAAUUGUCUGGUGGCAGCGAUGGCAUAUGAUCGAUAUGUUGCAGUUGUGAAACCGCUACAUUACAACGUGAUUAUCAGUUUGAAGACAUGCCUAGUAAUAGCAGCAAUUGUCUGGAUCCUGGGAUUCCUCAUACCAGCCUCAUCAGUUACUUUGGCUUCGUUUUUGCCAUAUUGCGCCUCUAACAGAAUUCUUCACUGUUUCUGUGAUUACCCAGCUGUCGUAUCCCUGGCCUGUGCAGACAUUACUGAUCAUGCAAAUGGAGCUCUGGGAGUCGCUAUGCUCGCCAUUUAUGUGCCUUUUGUCUUUGUACUUUGGUCUUAUUUUAGGAUUGUGCUUUCUGUUCUAAAGCUUAAAACGGCCGAGAGUCGUGCAAAGGCCUUCUCGAUGUGCUCCUCACAUUUGAUUGUGGUGCUGCUUUAUUAUAGUUCUACAGCAAUUGUAUACAUAGGCUUAAGAAUCAACAGUAUCUCACAUGAUGGACGCAUUUUCAUCGGUGGAUUAAAUUAUUUUCUAAUACCAAUGGUGAACCCAAUGAUCUACAGUUUACGAAAUGAAAAGAUGAAGGAAGCAGCUAAAAAAUAUAUGAAAUUUUACUUUCAUAUUUCAAAAAAACCUAAAAAUGGCAUCAAUAGCAUAAGAUAA